AAGAUGGCGGACGGUGGAGGGUAUUCAUCCACAGAUGACAGUGUUUUGGCUGGACUUCUCUCUGCUUCCAAUGAUCUACAGUCGUUAGAGUCAUUUGAUGCAGCAUUUACAACUCGUUCAAGGGACAGACAGUCUUUCAGGUCAAGCAGCCUCGUCUCUGAUGCGGUUGAUAUUGAACUUGACUUACCUGAAGUAGAGAGUAUCCCAACACUUGAGAGUAUUCUCAAUGAAAAGGAUGAUGAUCUUAGUGGAGUAGAUUAUGACCCAGAAUUAGCGUCAAUCUUGCAUGAUGAAGCCCUGUCCUCACCUCUAAACCUUGAUCUUGUGCCAAAGAAGCAAGAAACCAAUAAACAUGGAACCAUAUUACGACACAUUAUCCUCAAGAAUGUCUCUUCUCAAAUGGUUUCUGCAUGUUCCAAAGUGGAUGCAGGUUUACCUACAGCAAUGGCUGUAUCAUCUCUUAUAGCUGUUGGGACAUCUCACGGAAUAAUCUUAAUUUUUGAUCCUAAGCAAACAUUGAAGCUUGUUCUAGGAAACACUGCAAUGGGUGGAGAAUAUGGUGCUGUGACAGCACUGGGUAUUAACGAAGACUGUACAAGGCUAUUAGCUGGUCAUGCAAGAGGACAGAUUACCAUGUGGGACCUGCAAACAGGGAAGCUGCUGAGGACUAUUCUGGAUGCACAUCCCCUUGGAAGUGCUGUUCUUCAUAUCAUGUUUACUGAUGACCCAAAUGUAGCUAUCUGUAGUGACAGUGGUGGAUCUGUCUUUAUACUGAGUUUCAAGAGGUUAAUAAUUGGUGUCAGAAGCUAUGAAUCUACUUGUCUUUUCUCUGGAAGUCGUGGUGAGGUGUGUACCAUGGCUCCACUACACAUGCRUAGUGGAAUGAAAGAUCAUCCAAUGUAUGAGUACUCAUUGCUGGCUCUAGUCACCCUGACUAAGAUCUUAGUUCUUACAUUAAAACCAAGUAUGGAAGUAUUGUUCUCCCAUUCUCUCAGGGGUCCUGUUGAUUCUCUUCCACUUGUUUCCUGGCAGUUUGCUAUCAUUCAGGUCGCCAAUAAAAAAGUUAUUGACCCUGUUCUAGCUUUUGGUAGAGGCAACACCAUUUAUUUCUUUCAGGCUCACUGCACAGAAGAAAAAGAGGUGAAGUUCAUGUUUUUACAAAGAAUUGAGACCAACUACAAACUGAUUGCUUUACAUUGGUUAAACCCUCACGUGAUCAGUACCUUAGACACACUAGAAAAGCUUCAUGUUCUAGACGUAAGAAGCCGGGAAGAACUGGAGGUGGUAGAUCUGAGUGACGUGCAACUAGUUUACAGCAGUAGCUACUUCAAGUCCUUGUCAACUGGUGGCAAUGUCAGUAAGGCCUUGGCUGCAGCUAGUGAAUAUUCCUGUUACCAGACCAUCAACGUCUUUAAUGGUCAGAUGCUGGUCCUUGGAAGCAAGUCUAUACAUGUAUUGACAAUAAGGACUUGGAAAGAUCGCAUUGCUGUUCUCAUGAGGCUAAACAAAUUUCAAGAUGCCUUGGAACUUGCCCUGUCAUUUUACAAGGGGACAGCCAAAGCUAUAGUUGGUCUCAUUGGAAGUCAAGAAAUGAGAAAACACGAAGUUGCCUCCGAGAUUGAUGAGAUUCUACUGGCUUAUGUGGAUAUAGUGAUAUUUGCCAAUCGGCCUGAAACAUGCAACAGUGUUGAGCUUAGUCAUUAUUUUAAGGAGUUUGUAUCUAUUUUUAUUCAAUAUUGCUUGGCUAUAAACCACACGAAUCUUCUUUUUAGAGAUAUCUACUACAAAUUUUGUGAACAUUCCCUGGGCAAAGUAGCAUACCUUGAAAGCCUUGAGCCAUACAUCUUGAAUGACAAACUUACUUCACUUAGUGCUAUCGUAAUGAAAGACUUCAUUGAACAUUAUCAAAACCUUGGUAAAGUGAAGGAAGUAGAGUCAUGUUUAUUACAUCUGGAUGUGACAAACCUUGAUAUUCACCAGAUGGUGAAGCUGUGUUGGUCCCAUUGUUUGUAUGAUGCUAUUUUGUAUGUUUAUAAUCGUGGAAUGAGAGAUUAUACCACUCCACUCGAGGAGCUGCUUGGUGUUCUUCGCAGUGCUCUUAACUCGGGAAAACAAUUAUCAGAACUGGAUCAAGCGUUAGGGUACAAGAUGUUGGUGUACAUAAGCUGUAGCUUAGCGGGGAGAUCAUAUCCAUUAGGCGAGAUUCCUGAAGAUAUUGUCACGCUUGUCAAAACACAGGUCUUUAACUGUAUAACAGCAGUUCACACAAGGGAUGCGUUUGAAACUGAGCGUUCUUAUCCAUAUCUGAGGAUACUACUAGAGUUUGAUACGCAAGAGUUUUUGAACGUUCUGUCCAUUGCAUUCGAGGAGAAAGAAUUCGACAAUGAUUUCCGAGGAGAAGACAAUACAUCUGGACGGCAAUAUGUGGUCAAUAUAUUACUACAGAUUAUGGUACAAGAUACUGGAUUUUCUCCCAGCCAAGUAGGAAGUCUGUUUACAUUCUUGGCUCGUCAGAUGGCCAAACACGAGAACACCAUCCAUGUUAACAAGGUGUUGUUUGAACAGGUGUUGGAGUAUCUAGCAAACCCUGAUGAUGACGCCAGACACGAAGAGCGACAACAGGCUAUACUAGAGCUGUUAGUAGCUGGUGGUCUAAGGCAGUUUGACGACGAGAGGAUUCUUGUGUUAGCUGAGAAUGCGAGAUUUUAUCGUGUUUGCGAAAUGUUGUACGAAAGGAAGAGACAGUUCGCUAAGGUUUUAUCGUGUUACUUCAGAGAUUCUUCGAGAAAGGACCAGGCCUUUAGAUACAUCAAAAGCGUCAUGACUGACGAUAUUUAUGCGGACAUCGAAAGAGAAGAAGUCAAAGAAGCAGCUCUCAAUAGCCUUCAGGAGCUUGUGUCUAUCAGCUGCUGGCAAAUGGCAAACCUUGUUCUUACACACUUUCCUGAUACUCUUACAAGCGUUGUCUGCAGCCUUGAGGCACAGCACAAGGUUCAGUAUGAGUUCUUAAAAGGAGUAUUCGACAGCAGGUCGCCAGUUUCUCGACUUGAACAGACACCAGACGUUGAAGUGCACGAGAAGUACAUCGAGCUGAUGUGUCAGUUUGAACCAGACCAAGCAGUCUUCAGCUACCUACGCGCAAGUGAUAACUACCGCAUUGAAGAAACGCUGUCUAUUGUUCGUGGGUAUAGCUUCACCUAUGCCWCAGCCUAUUUACUAGAAAAAGCAGGCGAUGUACAUGGUGCUUUCCAGCUUCUUUUGGAGACAUUGAAUGAAAAAGUCAAGGUUGUCGUAGUUGGAUUCGAGAAAGGCCAUCAGUAUGAUGAGUUACGCAAGAGUUUCAGUGACAUCUGGGCUGUUAUGUUGGUCAUCACUCAGUUGUGUCAGAGAAACUCGGCACGGUUUGAUGAAGUUGACCGCGAGGCAUUAUGGUUUCCCUUACUGGAGUCCGUCAUGGCGCCGCAACGAAAAUGUCACGAUACAAGUACUGAAUACUUCCAAGCAUUUAAAGAAUUGACUCGACACGUCAUGAACAGCAUGAUGGGAUACAUCUCUUUACCCGCCAUACUACAGAAGAUCAUGCAGGAUCCAACGUACAGCGGCGGCAAGUUUGGCGAAAUCAAAGAACUUAUCCUGGGGAUGUUGGAUACUUACAGCUAUGAAUCGACUCUUCUAAAGACGACCAACAGACUUUUAGAGAAGGACCUUUACACAUCACUCAGUCAUCUAAAGAGUUACCUCAAUAAGGGCAUCGCGCCUGACGCUAUGAGAUGUGGUGUGUGUGGACGGCAGUACUCCACUGAUGUUGUACCAAAGGAUGCCGUUAUAUUUAGGUGCCAUCACACGUAUCACCAGGAGUGUUUAGAAGGUUACCACUCGUCCGACACCACAGACAAGAUGAUCUGUGUUCUAUGUCAUAAAGGAAAGAUGUCAAGAGUGCCGUCCARGAAAGGGAAGAGACCAGCAAAGAAGACGACCACCACAGAAGAACGCGCAACUAAAGGAAAUACAAGCAGAGUGGAGAAAAGUCAACCAGAUAUGGUACGACAACAGUUGGAGUUGAUCAGUAGGCUGCGAAAACAGAACCAAGGACCUUCAAGGUUGGCCAUCUUAUCGGAGCUGUCUCGUACCAGAGAUGACAGCAUUCUUAGUUUAAGUUACGGCUCCAGUUCAUCCUACUCAAACAGCAUCUUCGAGCACGAAGGAUUUCGUUUAAAAUUGGUUCCACCGCUACCUCGUCCGGAAAAAUAAACCCUGGUGAAGUUACCCUAAACCACAAAAAUAAAAUAAAAUAAAAUAAAUACUAAUACAAGGAAAUUGGCACGUAUUGUGAGGGUCUACUGAGAACCCUUGGCAUAAAUACCAGGUACCAUUGACAAUGAUAUAUUCAGUACAUAUUCCCUCCUUUUGUAAAAAAUCUUGAUCUUAAAGACUCUCCGGSACUGUAUUAUGUUAGAUUAUGUUAAGGACAUUGCUGUAGUCAUAUUGAGCGUCAACGUAGUCCCCUGGGAUUUAUACACUUAAAUGUCGAAAUUACGUUAACAAAGCUGUCCUGCUCGAGCUCUUUUUCUGUUUUAAAGAAGUAAUAGACCCUUUCACGGUCUCCGACGCCAUAUUGCUUGGGGGGCAAAUUUACUAAGAAGCGUAGAUGGAGAAUCCUCUGUUCAAUGUUUUAUGACGUUUUUGAGCCGAUCGAGUCAUUCUUGUCGACGCAAGAUUUGUUUACGGUCAAAUUGAACCAGUAUGAUCGAGUCGCAAAACUCGCAAACCCCAAAGCCUCCGACUCUCUGAUAGGAACCAGUGUUAUGCUAGCUCCAUCGGCUCAAAAACAGCACACAAAAUAUUGAACAGAGGAUUCUCCAUCUACAGAAAAAGUUUGGUCUCGAAAAUUUACCUCAGAAUGGAAAUAUAACGAAAAACGUAUCUCUUUCCCCUACGCUUCAGCAAAUUUGCCCCCCAAGCGAUAUGGCGUCGGAAACCGUGAAAGAGUCUAUUUCAUUUACUAAGCUGGUUAGGGUUUCUUGGGGUCACUCAGAGAUCUUAGUGUUUCACUUUGUUUUUUUGAUAUAAAAUGCAUGACAACACAGUCGACUUAUAUCGUUAUCCAUCCCUGUAAUCGUUGUGAAAGUAGGGGAUCUGUAUAAAAACUAUAAGUGAAUUCUUACAAAUGUUAAAUCAUUCUUAAAAUAUUUUAGCCUAAAUCUUGUUCCGAAGAUCAACAAUUGAUGCCUAGAAAAUGCUUCAAAAACUAACAAAUUUAUUUGCUAUAAAUAAUACUUGGAUAACUGUUAUCCUUAAAAAUUGAAAGAAAAUGAAUACAUUUAUAAUGUAGAAUGAAGAUUUGUAAAAAAGACAAUUAUUCACAUGUAAAAAGGAAGAAUAAAGAAUAAAAAUGUCAAUG